AUGGCUAUUCUGGGAGGAUAUGCAGUUAUGAAUAGACAAGUCACCAAUCUCCUUCUCAGUAGAAGCAGACUAAUUUCUCUGGGAAUAACUUCAAAUGGCAGCAGUAUUCAAAGGAAUGUAUCCAAACCCCAACAGGCAGCUCAACAUGACAUAGUCUUACAGAACAGAAGAGGUUUCAGAACUCUAAUUAAUGAUGUUUCAAGUAAAAUUCAAAAUGUAACCAGCGGUUUCCGAAAAGGUAACACAGGACUAGUGCUAGAAGGAAUAACUGGUCUGAGACACUGCCCCUACCCAGCAUUGGUUUUGGGGGUAUCAGGACUUAUUCCUUUUGUGGGUGCCCCAGGAUUAAUGAUGAUCAUAGGACAGUCAUCUGUAGCAUUCUUAGCAAAUGCCCAGAUGGUAUAUGGAGCUUGUAUUUUGUCUUUCCUGGGUGGGGUGAGAUGGGGAUUUGGUGUUUGUGAGGGAAAGACAACUCCAAAAGAAUGGGACAACAUGAGGAAUAUGACAAUCAGUAUUGUCCCUUCUCUGGUGGCAUUCAGUGCCCUCUUGUGUCCUGAGCCUGUUUCUCAGAUCAUCAUUAUGCUGGGUCUGACUGGAGUCGGGUGCCACGACGCGGUGACCGAGUCAUAUCCCCCCUGGUUUAGAGGAUUACGCAUGCUCUUAACUGUGGUGGCUGUCAGCAGCUUUAUUCUUACAUUUUCUUGUAAAGCAAGACUAAAAUCUAAAGACUCUCUGAAACAAUCUCCCAAAGAUUCUCUCAAAGACUCAGAACCUGUAACUGAUAAUGAACAACCACAACAGAUCUCAGAAAAGACGGAAUAAAUAUUAAUAUAUGUGAAAUGUAUAUAGGUAUUAUGUAUAAUAAUUAAUUUAAUUUCCUGCCAGUGAAUUUUUUAACUGUAUGCAGUAUGUUUUUUGUAUUUUACAUAUAAUUUGUUUUUAAUUAAAUCUAGAUUGGAAUAUUGAUAUAUAGAUAAUUAAGAUUUGAGAAUUAAGUGUUUUUAUGACAAAACAAGACAUGUUUCUUCCUUUCUUUCACUUUAUUAAAUACCCAAGGUUAAACAUG